AUGUGCCAUGCAUUCUGGAUAACACUGUAUCACAUGACGACCAUUCAACAGCAAUUGUGGACACUUUUACUGGUCAGUAUGUUCACCGGACCCAGACUUAGUCCGCGGGUUAGUGAAGCCUUGAAGACUUCAGGUCUAGUGGCACCCGGAUUACAAAAUGCCGGGCAACCUAUCCCAUAUCGUGUCACUAUGCCCACAGUUUAUGUGUUAGAAAAUGCCACAAUUGGGAGUGUAAUUGUACAGGAUAUUCGCACACAUUUGGGUUUACCUACAAACAGUUUGGUCAAACUUGGUCCCGGUUCUCUGACCCAAUUCUUCCGUCUGGACAGUGAUUCUGGUCGUCUGGUCACUGUGGCCUCCUUGGAUUUAGAAGCCCCUGAAAUUUGCCAAGCGGAGAAGUCAUGCUGUCGACAAGAGCAGGCAAACAAUGGACAACAGUUUCCAUCUGGUAAAAUUUCCUACGCAGAUCCAUCGUUGAAUCUGAAUGCAUUGAGUGCGAUUGACGCUGGUCGUGAUUUUCCCACAGGUGAUACAUGUCGAAUGAUGGCAUUUAUCCUAUCUCAAACUGGGUCAGAAAAUCAACUUACCCCAAUCACACGUUUGUAUGUGACAAUAGUCGACCUGAACGAUAACGCGCCAGUAUUCCGCGCAGUGGAUGAUGUGGCACGGACUCCGCCCGAUGGAAAGGGACCGUAUAGCACAAACACUCAUCUUGGUGAGAUCCCCGUACUAAAAUUGGCUUUUUCCGAAGGGUCAGCCGGCUUGCACAUCCGACACGAUUUACCCACUGCGUAUGAUGCAGAUUUUGCCCUGGCCAAUCGUGUCAAACGAUACUGGUUAGAGUGGAACAGAGACAAAGACAAGCUGGCUCUGGAUUCGCACGAGAGCACUACAUUGUUGGGCGCCAUUCCAAACGUGCUGAAUGUGGACGAUCAGAACGGACUAACUUGGGCCAAUCUGGGUCCGUUCCGUUUGAUCUAUUUGGAGCCGGGUAGAAGUAUCGCUCUAGAGUUGGACACCGAACUGGAUCGGGAACAAAAAGAUUCCUAUCAGUUGCGCCUGGUGGCCGAGGACGGAGGUGGAUUACGUGGUCAAAUUCGAAUAGAUGUGGAUGUAUUGGAUGUGAAUGAAUACACCCCGGUAUUUGCAGAUGAGCCGCCGACGAAAGAACAACUAUUGCAAAUAAAACCUCGUGCGAUCUAUCGAAAGCGUUACAGUGUAAAAGAAUCUCUGACUACCGGGAGUGAAUUAGGUCAGUUACGUGCGUACGAUGCUGAUCAAUCUCCCGGAAGUGGGAUAACCUAUCGCUUGGGUCCAGGCAACCCACCCGGAGAAGUGGUCAACACAUUCCAGAUUCAUCCGAGAACCGGGCUGUUGAAACUCAUUGGAACAUUGGACUAUGAGGCCACGCAACAUUAUCGAUUGACUGUGAUCGCUCAAGAUGGUCCAACUUCGGAGGUCAGUCAGCCGGGCUCGCGGAAUACCUCACCACGAACACAUUCGGGGACGUAUCGAUCGGCGACAGCAAUUGUAGAAAUCAGUGUGAUUGACGUGAAUGAUAAUGCCCCGGUCAUACGAUUCGAAAAAGAGGAUAAUCUGUCCCCAAACACAUCCGGCGGUACAGCAGCCACGGCAACUGUAGUUUCCGGUACAGUAUCUACGGAUGGUUCUAAAAAACCCUAUGAAGUAUGGAUCAAAGAGGAUUUACCCAAAGGUUCCCCUGUGACUUUCUUCAGUGUUACUGAUCGUGACCUCGCCGAUAACGGUCGGGUCACGUGUAGCCUAAUGAACUGGACCGAACGAUUCAGACUACGUGAAUUCACCGGGCUAUAUGGGUUGGAAACCCUGGACACGUUUGAUCGAGAACAGGUGGAUUUUUAUUACAUCACAAUUCGUUGUCAUGACCACGGUGUACCCGUGCUUCAAACAGAUCGUGCUUUAUUGAUUCACGUAGAGGAUGUGAAUGACUUGCCUCCAGUGUUCGAAUUACCUGUUUAUCAGUUUCAUGUACAGGAAAACAGUCCACCAGGGACCGCGUUGAAACCAGUCAGUGCAAAUUUCCCCACUCAUGUCACUGCAACCGAUCCAGAUUUAAAUAGUACAAUUAAAUAUUCAUUGGAACCACGUGUAAGCAGUUCCAAAAACAUUGGUACGUCACGUCCCGAAGUCACCGGUCCCCGCCACGACGUGUCAGGUGCAAUUGAUCAUCAACUGUUUCACAUUGAUCCCGUGAGCGGAUUGAUUACGACACAGGGUGAAUUGGAUCGUGAGGAACGGGCCAGACUUGGGUUUCAAGUGUGCGCGGAUGAUGGAAAACACGUGACCUGUACAGAUGUCAUCGUGUUGUUGGACGAUGUGAAUGACAAUCGACCUCAGUUUGAUAGAGACACAUAUGUGCUUCGGGUGGAAGAGAAUCAGCUAUCGCAUAAACCGAUUCUGGUAUUUCGGGUUACUGAUGCGGAUGCAGGAAAUCAUGGAUUUGUGUAUGACUUCUACGAAGACCCAGUGCCCACACUGGAGCCAAAACGGAACCCAAUAUCACGUAACCAGACGACAGCAACACACGAAUGGGAACAGUUCGAACCAGGAAGCGUGCGGUAUCAUUUUGCGUUACGUGAGAAUACGUUGUAUGUGCGACGACCGUUAGAUCGUGAAUUUCGAUCAAACUAUCAUUUCUUCGUGACUGUGACCGAUUCGCAAGAAAUGUCAAAAAUUCACUCAGAUAAUUCUAUUACACGUCAGGUGUAUACGGCAAAUUUGACCAGUAAAGCAGAGAUCUUUAUUGAUGUUGGAGAUGUUAAUGAUAAUGCACCCGUAUUUAUUUUCCCGAACUCAACCGGACCAUCUGAGGUCGAUCAGCUGUUCUACUUGGAUGCUCAAUCUGGAGAGCUUUUUGUGAAUACAGGUCAGUUAGCUGAAAAAUGCGGUGAAAGCCUGAUCAUGGUGGUCUCGGUGGAUGACCAGGGACCACCCGAAAGUAAACAAUCCAGACCGGCUCCGGUCGAACGCAUGCUGAUCAAAAUUGAAGAUAAACCAACCCUGGCUGAAUUGAUAGCAGCAGAGGCACGACAUCAGUGGCGCAUACAAGGAGAAACAAAUGCAGACGGGCGGCUUGUGAAACAUACAGAUGGGUCUGCUGAUGGCACGUUGGUCUACGGAGCACUGUCUACCCGCACGAUUCUCAGUGUCGUCUUGGGUGGUUCCACUGUAUUUCUAAUUGGUUUAUUGAUUGUGUGGAUGAUACUAUUACUGUACAAUCGAUCCAGAAGGCGUAAACAUGUGCGCGUCCCGGAUGCUCGACGAUUUUCCAACAAACCACGUAACGAUCCGGGAUCCCCGCAGUCUGCGUUGUCUGGUGAGGCACCAGACAAAGGUGUACUGUUUGGUACUUUGAAUUCGAACAAAGCGGAAAAUCAGUACUGUGAACAGUUUGUUCGAAACGUGGUACAAGGCGGUGAUAAUAAACCCGGAGCGCUUAACGUAAAACGUCAGACCGGCCACUUUCAGAAAGCUGUUCGUGACAUGAUCAGACAGGCUGAGUUUGUGAUGAUAGAUUGCACCACGGCAUCUGACAGAUGGUUGUCUGACCGGGUGAUCGUUCGAAAGGAGGGACGGAGUCUGGCACUUCAUCUUUUUCUUCCAGCCAGAACACUUCGUAUGGAAGAAGAUGAUACCACGUUCCCUGGUUGA